GCACAUGGUGGCCCCCCCCCCCCGAAAGAACUGGGACGCUGCACGACUACAUACAUUCCUCACGACGCGCUGUCUGUCCCUGCGUGCCAUUCCAUUGCCCGCAUGGCGCAUCGGCCCCGCGUAUAUGGGCACAGCACUGUCGGGGCUGGGGUACAGCACGGCGACGACGACGACGACGACGACGACGACGACGGCAACGACGCUAGGAUCUAUGGGUGCUAGACGCGGCUUGCGAGCAAUGCCAGCCCCAUGUCGACAGCAGCGCGGUUUCCAGGGAAGAAAGGGGAGGACGGGGAGACUCCGAAGGGUAGAGCGCGCGCGGUGGGCUGCAGACCAAGGAUCGCCAUCUUAAUAGGCUGGAUUCUCGCCCCGGCGACUAUUGAUGGACUGUAUCAAAAGUUUGUCGGGCCGUUGACGAACGAACCCCGGCACACAUUGUCACUCCCUCACUUACAUACCCACACCGGGGCUAGACGAGGCUCAGCAUCCCAGCCGCUUGCUGCUAUGCGAUGCCAUGCGAUCUCAGGCACAGCCGUGUCUGUCCCUCAAUCAGCUUCUCUCGGUGCUCCCCGAGGAAUCGUUAGGCGACACCAAAUUCCGACAGCGACAUGAUUCACAUGCGCCGCCGCCGCCGCCGCUGGCGACCUCGUCAGGGUCCGCCGCCGCGACCUCAAUAAAAAGCCCUCGCGUCCCGACCUCAUGCCAAACCCUUCCCUGCGUUCCCUUCCCUUCAAGUUUCAGCUUCCAGCCUCGCCCUUUGCCAUAGUGGUGUCAACUGGGAGGUCUCACCGAGUCAAGAUGCGUGCUAUACUGACACUCGGCGCUGCUCUGGCGCUGCUGGCUCAGACAGCUUUGGGUGGCGUCGCUGGCCGCUGCAUACACAAAACGACCAUAAGCGUGUCCCAGUCAGUUACUGUCCAUGAGGCACACGCCGUGAGUCACCCCGCUGCUCCUCCUUCUCAGUCUUCAGGAGUCCAGCGUCCCAUCGACCCUACCAAGUCCGAGGGUACGGAUGAGGAUGAUCCUCCCGAUUACGACGAAGCCAACGACACGGUUGCCUCUGAGCCUUCGCAGGUUGAACAAGAAACGGGAUUCACAAAGGCCUCAAAGGCCGAGAGCACAAAUCUCGGCACCGCACCAAUGGGAAAUACGGAAACCUCGCAGGCUGCGCCCUCUGCGACGACUUCUGGGUCAAGCAGCUCAAUCAGCCACCCUUCCAAGACCGCCAAGGCCCUGCGAAACGUCCUCUACUUUACCAACUGGGGCAUCUACGGAGCCAACUACCAGCCGGACAUGCUGCCGGCGGACCGGGUCACUCACGUCCUAUACGCCUUUGCAGCUCUUGGCGAGGACGGGACUGUGUAAGUCUCAUGACGAUUGCUCAAGCCAACUGUGCUUACUCUGUAGUAGCAAGACUUUCGACUCAUACGCCGACGUGGAGAAGCACUAUCCAGACGACUCGUGGAACGACAAGGGCAAGAACGCCUACGGAUGUGUCAAGCAGCUCUACAAGCUGAAGCAGGCGAAUCGCCGUCUCAAGACGCUGAUUUCAAUUGGCGGCUGGAACGCCUCGCUAAACGGAAAGUUUGCCAACUCUGUUGCCACGGACGCGCAAAAGCAGAAAUUCGCCGAGACGGCGGUCAAAUUGAUGGGCGACUGGGGAAUGGACGGCCUUGACGUCGACUGGGAAUACCCAACCAGCGAUACAGAGGCCAAGAGCUUUGUCGCUCUCCUCCAGGCUUGCCGGAAGGCUUUGGAUGAUUACGCGGAAAAGAAUGCCCCGGGCUAUCACUUCCUUCUCACUGUCGCUACAUCGGCUGGACCGGAUCAUUACCGGCAACUGGAUAUGAAGGGCAUGGACCAAUACCUUGACGCGUGGCAUCUUAUGGCCUACGAUUACGCCGGGUCCUGGGACAAGACGACAGGUCACCAAGCAAACAUCAACAAGAGCUCUAGCAAUCCCGAGGCCACCAAGUUCAGCACGGUACAAGCUGUCGACGAUUAUAUCCAGGCUGGCAUCGCCCCUGACAAGAUUGUCUUGGGCCUGCCGCUGUAUGGGCGUUCAUUCGCCAAUACGAAUGGCUUGGGCGAGUCGUUCACUGGCGUCGGCGGCGGGACUUUGGAAAAGGGAGUCUGGCUCUACAGAGACCUGCCCCGGCCGAGCGCCAAGGUAGAGAUGGACGAUGCUGUGGGUGCUGUCUGGAGCUAUGACGCGUCCGCAAAGGAGCUGGUUUCGUAUGACGAUCCGCGGAGCGCCAAGAUGAAGGUGGACUACCUCAAGAGCAAGGGUCUCGGCGGAGCUUUGUUUUGGGAGGCAUCGGGGGACAAGAACAAGACUGACCCCGACAACAUCGUCAGCACUGUGGCCACGUCCCUAGGUGAGCUAGAAAACUCGCAGAACCAGCUGAGCUAUCCAGGCAGCCAAUACGACAAUAUCAAGAACGGCAUGAAGGGGUAGUUAUGGGAGGGGGGAGGCUUAAUUCGCGGGUCGAAUCAGGCGGUUCACUGGUGCGUUGGAGGCAUGGCAUGCCUUUAUCUUUAGACUUGGAGGCAUUUCUGCUGGCGCAUCGUGUAUUUUCAAUCUAAUUUUGAGUGGACCAUAGAGAACAAGAAGAAUAUGAGGAUGAUGGUGGUAUUUAUUUUCCCGAGCAGCAGCACCAGCUGCGUGCUCCCCCCGUUGUCCACCGAUCUAUACAAUCGUAAGCAAGCAAGCAAAGAUCAUAGCGCCCAUCUCCCGUG